UUCGGGGCUCGCCGGGCGGGAGAGUUUCGCAGCCGGGUGGGAGAUGCCGCGCGGGCUCCUUCUCCGGGCAGAUUUGCAACCAACAUAAUGCUGAAGCUCUCAACUUGGAACAAGCAUUUCACAGAAUGGCACAAACAGAACUUAAUCUGGACCAUGACGUGUCAUGGUUCCUCCUUCCAUCAUACUGGGCUAAAAUGCUUGUGGCGUUAAUUUCUUUCAUCUGUUUUGCUAACAGCUAUGAUGGAGAUUUUGUUUUUGAUGAUUCUGAAGCCAUCAUCAAUAAUAAGGACCUCAGGGCAGAGACCCCUCUUGGUGACCUAUGGCAUCAUGACUUUUGGGGCAGCAAACUCAGCAGCAAUACCAGUCAUAAGUCAUAUCGACCACUAACUGUCCUAACUUUCAGAAUUAAUUACCUUUUUGCUGGAGGCUUCUACCCAGUUGGUUUCCAUGUCAUCAAUAUAAUACUGCAUUGUACUAUCUCAGUGUUGAUGGUUGAUGUGUUCUCAAUACUGUUGGGUGGACUGCAAUUCAGUAAUAAAGGAAGAAGGCUCAACCUGGCUCCAAAGACAUCUCUUCUAGCUGCUUUGCUGUUUGCUGUACAUCCAGUGCACACUGAAUGUGUUGCUGGGAUUGUUGGCAGAGCAGACCUACUGUGUGCCCUGUUCUUUUUGUUGUCAUUCCUUGGCUACUGUAAAGCAUUUAGAGAAAAUAAAGAAGGACAUAAUUUUUCUAUAUUCUGGGUGCUGGUGAGUGUUAUCCUAGGUGCAAUAGCCAUGCUGUGCAAAGAACAAGGAAUUACGAUACUGGGUUUGAAUGCAGUGUUUGAUGCACUAGUCAUUAGCAAGCUAAAUGUUUUGGAGCUUAUUCAAAAGUUACUACAUAAAGACAAGUCAUUGGAGAAUUCUGGGCUGUUUAGAAAGGGACUGCUUUUCAGGAUAACUCUCCUAAUGUCUGGAGGGGCCAGUAUACUUUAUAUACGUUGGAGGAUUAUGGGUACAGGGCCACCAGCUUUUACUGAAGUAGACAACCCAGCUUCAUUUGCAGACAGUCUGUUGGUGAGGGCUAUAAACUAUAAUUACUACUAUUCGUUGAAUGCAUGGUUGCUGUUGUGUCCCUGGUGGCUGUGUUUUGAUUGGUCAAUGGGCUGCAUACCCCUCAUUAAAUCCGUCAGUGACUGGAGGAUAAUUGCACUAGCAGCACUUUGGUUCUGCCUAAUUGGUCUGAUAUGCCAAGCUCUGUGCUCAGAAGACAGCCAUAAGAGAAGAAUUCUUACACUGGGACUUGGAUUUCUUAUCAUCCCUUUUCUUCCUGCAAGUAAUCUGUUCUUCCGAGUAGGAUUUGUUAUCGCAGAGAGAGUCAUCUACCUCCCCAGUAUUGGAUAUUGUAUUCUGUUUACAUAUGGAUUUAGUCUCCUGAGUAAGCAAGCCAAGAAAAAGAAAAUUCUUGCUGUGGCAGUACUUGGAAUCUUGUUGAUCAAUGUUAUGCGCUGUGCACUCCGCAGCAGUCAGUGGAGGUCAGAAGAGCAGCUUUUUAGGAGUGCGCUGUCUGUGUGUCCCCUGAAUGCAAAAGUGCACUACAAUGUUGGCAAAAACCUGGCUGACAAAGGAAAUCAAAGUGCUGCAAUCAAAUACUACAGAGAAGCUGUAAGGUUGAAUCCUAAAUAUGUACAUGCCAUGAACAACCUUGGAAAUAUUCUGAAAGAAAGAAAUGAGCUCCAAGAAGCAGAAGAGUUGCUGUCCCUAGCUGUACAAAUACAACCAGAUUUUGCUGCUGCAUGGAUGAAUCUAGGAAUAGUACAGAAUAGUUUAAGAAGGUUUGAAGAGGCAGAACAAAGCUACUGGACAGCAAUUAAACACCGGAAAAAAUAUCCAGAUUGUUACUAUAAUUUAGGGCGGUUGUAUGCAGAUUUGAAUCGCCAUAUAGAUGCAUUGAAUGCAUGGAGAAAUGCUACAGUUCUGAAACCAGAGCAUAGUUUGGCUUGGAACAAUAUGAUUAUAUUGCUUGAUAACACAGGCAAUCUAGCUCAAGCAGAAGCAGUUGGAAGAGAGGCCCUGGAAUUGAUACCUAAUGAUCAUUCCCUUAUGUUUUCAUUGGCGAAUGUACUGGGGAAAUCACAAAAAUAUAAGGAAUCUGAAGCUUUAUUCCUCAAGGCAAUCAAAGCCAAUCCAAAUGCUGCCAGUUAUCAUGGUAAUUUGGCUGUGCUUUAUCAUCGCUGGGGAAAUCUUGACUUGGCAAAGAAGCACUAUGAAGUCUCUCUGAAGCUUGAUCCAAUGGCACCCGGGACCAAGGAAAACUACAACCUCCUAAGAAGAAAACUGGAGCAAUUGCAAAAGAAAGCUGUUUUUGCAGGUACAAUGGCCCGUGUCUUCGUCUACGGGACACUGAAGAAGGGCCAGCCCAACUACAAGCACAUGAUCAACACAGCCAAGGGGCUAGCAAAAUUCCAAGGAAGGGGCCGCACUGUGGAGAAGUACCCGCUGGUGAUUGCAGGAAAAUACAACAUUCCUUACAUGCUGAACAUCCCGGGGACAGGACACCACAUUGCUGGGGAGAUUUACUCAGUCGAUGACCAGAUGCUGCAAUUCCUGGAUGAGUUUGAAGGUUGCCCAGACAUGUACCAGCGUACCCUGAUGAGAAUUGAGGUGGUGGAGUGGGAAGGGAAGGGCGGCGCGGAUGAGGGUGUCCUGGAGUGCUUCGUGUACAGCACGACAACAUACCCACCCGAGUGGGUGGGCCUCCCCUACUAUGACAGUUACGACUCCUCGGGGAAACACGGCCUCUCCUACGUCCUACGGGAAAGCCGGGAUUAGAAACAGGAGGUAACGCAGCCUGGCUGAAGAUGUAGUACGAAGCACGUGCCGAUCAAUAAUGCUGCCAGGAAAGCUGUAAUACCCUUUCUGUUAAAAUGCAGGAUCUCUCGUAACCUUCCCAACCCAAAAGCCUUGGCACUAGUCUUGGAAGCCUGGCGGGCACAGAGAUGGGGACUCAUCCCUGGCUAGUCAGUGUCCUCCUCACCCCUGCCAACCUGCCACCAGUAACCUGGUCUAGAUAUUUUUCACCACCACCCAACCCCCUCUUUGCCUCAGUGCAUGACCGACAUCAGUGAAAGGCAGAGGAACAGACUAAUUAUUAUUUUUUACCUGAACUGGCAAAUAUUUUUAGUUCACCGAGGUGGGUGGAAUAAUGAUGAUACUAUUGCACUAACAGCUGAGACUGAUUUUAGAAAAUCUGCAAAGUAAAGCACAACUCGCAUUUAAUAUUGACUUGUAAUGGUGUUUCGUAAGUUACUGAAUGUAAACAGGGAGAGAUGACCAUGAAGCUACUAUGUGCUUCAAGACAGAUAUGAAAUUGCUGGAGAAAUAGAAAAAAAUGUAAAGACUGUUCUCUUACUCUGUGUUGCAGUGUUUUGCUGAACUGGAAAAGACUUACUUUUGAAAUGUUUAGUUUUAUAAAGUACUGUGAAGAAAUAUUAAAAGAACUACAUUUAAAGUAAUAUUUUAGAUUUUGCAUUCUAAGCACUUUAGGUACCAUGUCAUUUCACUGGGUGACUGUGGGACUGGGGGGGUAGGGGUGGGUGCUGGGGACCAGAAAAGCAAACCUGAUUUCAGCUGCCCAUCAUGCUACAGCAGCUGCAGCUGUUGUGAGCACUUACAAUCAAGGUGACUUUGAGCCAAGCACUUUAAUGCAGAACUUGCAACCAUUCUCCCAUUUCUUAUUGGUAGAAAGACUGGAUAUAAAAAAAUAUCCAAAGGACCUUAAUGUGAUUAUUGCCACAUUAAACUGGGGGGAAAAAAAAAAAAAAAAAGAGAUGAAAGGAAGAUUAUUGUGCCCCUGACCCAACCAACUGUGCUGGUCAUGGCUUUUUGUUGUUAUGCUGCUGUGCCUUAUAUUUUCUUUCAAAUGCAGUGUUUGGUACAUAUAGGUUGUACAGUAUCCAAAGCUGCCAAAGGGAUGUGAGCGGGGAAUGUGUGCCAUGCAGUGAGCCAAAGUACAAUUAAAAGUACUGAGAAUACCUUUAAGAACAAUAUUGUACUUUUGCUUCAUUGCCGGUAGCCCUGUGAUGACCGCAGGAGAUCAGGGGUAGGGAAUCCGUCCAGGGAUCCAGGGUAAGGAAUUAACCUAAGCUUACCAAUAACAGGCACUGCUGCAUCUCAUUUAGAAAAACAGAAAGGUUGUGUUGCUGCAGUAGGGACAUUAAUUUUAAAGUAGAACAGUAAUAUCAUGUCUCUUUGCUGUAUUUGGUUUUUUUGGUUGGUUGUUUUUUAUAGUUUAGGGCAACUUGCAAGAGCUGAACUGUGCUCCUUUUGGAAGGGGCAAGAUGGCAUUAAGAUUUGUAGGAAGGUCUGCAGGCUGUCUGUAUCAGUUUCUCCAGCUCCAAAAGCAUUAAUUUCCCUGGAGGGCAGGUACUGCCCAAACACUCUCCUUUCUCAUCUUGAUGGGUUUUGUAAACUAAUUAACAAAGCAGAUCCUUAUUCCAUCUUGGCUUUGUGAUUUAGUUGGCAGCUUCUCAGUAACAUGAAAAAAAAAAAUUUGCUUUUCAAUCAGAAGUUUCUAACAGAAAGAACCUUUCUGGUUGAGCCUGAGUCACCAGCCCUGUCACAGACUGUUUUCGUCCUUCACCUUCUGGUAAAGAGCCCAGGCGCCUCUGGCCAGAGGGUUUUUUUCUGGGAAGUAGCAUGACUCCACACAUCCAAGGCAAGCAAAUGAGAGCAGGCCCCCUCCUCUCUGGGGCAGCGGUCAAUGCACUGCAGGAACGGUGACUUGGAGCUACGUGGGAGAAAAAACAAGUGUAGGAGGUGAGACUGAAGGUGGGAGUAGCCAAGUGUCCCAGCCCAGCAGGAGGCAAGGCAAGAGCACAGGGACAGCGAUGAUGCCUGCAGCGUGCAGGGACUGCAGAGGUACCACUGCAUCUGCUGGCUUUCUGAGCUGGAGCACUGAGGGGAGAAAGAGCCUCCAAUGACCACACACUAACCUUCUGAACCCAGUAAACUUCUGGUAUCAACACCAUCCUGUGGCAUUGAGCUCCUGAGUGGAGGAGGAAGGAAAAAAAAAUACAUACUCUUACCUGUGCUGCCCAUGUCACCAACCCUCUCACUUCUGCUCAAGUCUCUUAAAUCUUCCUCCUCUCGAGGCCCUCUCUGGUUUUCCACACUGGAUAUGCAGCUCUUCCCACAGGACAUAGUUAUGAACAGUCCUAGUUCUCCACGGAGUCUUUAGUAAGAGCCUCUGCACAACAAAAGAUCAGACACUCGAGUCUCCCUUUCCUGUAAGUAGUUCAAGAGGAGGCUUGGCCUCCAGCAAUACCCUUGAGUGGCUAAGGGGAUCUGAGGACAGUGCCAGCUCCUACCUUGCAUCCAGUAAUCAACUGAAAGAAGACGAGGAGGGGAGGGGGGGGAGAAAUUUGAGUAUGGAUUUUGAAUAAAAUAAAGUUCCCUUACAACUGUAAAUGAGGAUAUAUGGGGAAAGUCUGCACUAGCAAAAUAAAACAUCUAACCUGUAAUUUAGUCCAUACAAAGGCUUCAAAAUGUUCCAAUAAAUCUGAGCAGAACCUAAGCCAUCAGCAGGGCUUCUUCAGCACUUCCACAGAAAACUGCUUGGUUAACCACUCAGUGGUUAAUUUUUCACUCUUACCAACCACUGCACAAUUUGUCUGGGCCUUCAAACCAGUGAUAUUACCACAGAGAGGAUUAAUCGGAUUCAGUCUUUUGUUGUGUUUUCUUUUUUCUUUUUUCUUUUUUAAAGGAGGCUUUUCCUGUUUUAAAGCAGAAAUGGUAUUUUAUUGAUUUUAUUUGAUCCUGGAAAAUCAAAGAAUUACAAAGGUUAUGUACAAGUAUUUCUGGAAGUAAAAAUCUGGGAUCUGUUGCCAAGGUUUAACAUCUGUGUUUGCUGUCUUAACCACUGAUAAAAUAAAUAUGACUAUAAAAUCCUGCGCA